AUGACAUAAAGAGAGGAGACACCAUAUUUCAGAGAGUGUUAAAAAUUAGGUGGUAUUCAAUAGAAGGACAUCUAUCUAUCUCCAACAAAGGCAGCAACAUAUUUGUAUCUACUUAAUCAUGUAAGAAUUAUGAAGGUGUUGCCAUGCAAUUCUGCUAAGAGACGAGUAUGCAAAUGGGAUACAACAAUUGAAUAAGAUGGACCAGCCACUUGUAGAAUCCUUGUUCCUGUUCAGAAGAGAGAAAAAUGCAUUAAUGGUUGGCAGAAUGUAGGGUAUGAAGUGUUUUAUUAGAACAAGGAUACAAUUGCAGAUCAAAAACAGUUGAAUUUGGAUUAUGAGAAUGAUGAGAUCUAAUAGCAAUUGGAGAAUAAUGAGAGGAUGCUCACCAACGAUUUUAAGUAUCAGAUGAAGAAUUUAGCUAAAUUUUACAAGGAACUAAAUCAAAAAUAUAGAUUGAAUGUUCAGGAUCCAGAUUUUAAAGAAAGAGUUUAGAUAGCAAAGGAAUAGUUAUAAAGACAAAGAAAUAAACCAUUGCAGUACUUUAAGAAAGAUGGUGUGAAAUUCGUAGAAUUGCUGCAAGAACUUAUUUAAGCUGAUAAGAGAUAACCUACAUUGUUAGAAAGGUUCAAAGCAUUCAAUCAAUUAAAAGCAUCUCAAUUUAGAAUCAAAGAGAAGCUACCUGAAAAGCUAUACAACAAAACAACCAAUGAUGAAGAUCCGACUCCUAGAAGCAGGAACAAAUUGCUGAAAAAAUCUUGUAAGUUUAUAGGGUAAACAAGCAGAAAUGUUACGGAUACUUUGAAAAUGAAAUUUCAAUUAAAAGAUAAAUCCUACCAUAUGUCUAAAUAAUUCGAUAAUUACACUCCAAAUCUCCUCAAAGUAUAAUCACAAUCGUCGAUAUCUUUUCAUAAAAAGAAUAAAACAGAUAACGAAGAAUAUCUUGAUCGACAACUCGAAAAAUUCGCAAGUAGAAUGAUAUAACCUCAAUUUAAUGUUUAAGAAAUUAACACUGAAAACAUCAACAAAUUGAUUGAAAGCAAAUCUAAUUUAAAGUAAUUAUGCCUAAAAAAGAUAUAAUCCAAAACGUUGAUUGCUCAAUCAGAACAUCGUAGUAAAACAGAGAGACAAGAAUCAGAUUGUAAUGUAUUCACUUCAAGAUCAAGAGAUAAAGAUUCUACUAAGGCAUCUAUCAUUUUUAAGCGAUCUUAGUUGCUUACAUCUUUUACCAAUAAAUCAGAUUGUAUUAAAUGA